GCGGAGGGAGUGGACCGUGUGACAGCGGCGCACCUAGCCCUGAUCCGAACCCCAUCCCGGUCCCCAGAGAGAUGGCUUCAGCUGGAGACCCCCACAUUGCUCAGAAAGAUGCUGCUGACCAGAAUUUCGACUACAUGUUCAAGCUGCUUAUCAUUGGGAACAGCAGCGUGGGGAAGACCUCCUUCUUGUUCCGAUAUGCCGAUGAUUCUUUCACCUCAGCUUUUGUGAGCACAGUGGGCAUUGACUUCAAAGUUAAGACAGUCUACCGAAAUGAGAAGCGGGUCAAGCUACAGAUCUGGGACACUGCAGGGCAGGAACGCUAUCGGACCAUCACCACUGCCUAUUACCGGGGUGCCAUGGGCUUCCUGCUAAUGUACGAUAUCUCAAACCAGGAAUCCUUCAAUGCCGUCCAAGACUGGGCCACACAGAUUAAGACAUACUCCUGGGAUAAUGCCCAGGUCAUCCUCGUUGGGAACAAGUGUGACUUGGAGGAUGAGCGGGUAGUGUCCACAGAAGACGGCAAGCACCUUGCUGAUGACCUAGGCUUUGAAUUCUUUGAAGCCAGUGCCAAGGACAACAUCAAUGUGAAGCAGGUGUUUGAACGCCUGGUGGACAUUAUCUGCGAGAAGAUGAAUGAGAGCUUGGAAGCGGGAUCGGGCACCAUCGGCAACAGCAAGAGUGCAGCCCUCAGCGACACACCUCCCGCCCAGUCCAGCAACUGCAGCUGUUAACGCUGGGACUGCCUAGACCCCGGGUGCCCCAGCCACUCUUCCUGCUGGGCUUUACCACUGCCAUGGACGUUCUGCUACCAAGACCAGUGAGGAAGACGUCUGGGUCCCCUCUUUGUGUCUGCUCACAAGUCCGGCUCAUCCACUCCCCCCAUGGGGGACUGCAACCUAGCACAGGGCCUCUGCUCCUGUCCCCCUGUAUGCAGGACUCUGUACUCCUUGUUCCUCCCAAUAAGCCUGCUCGCCAACUCAUUUAGAGAGAAGGGGAGCCCCAACCCCAAUGCACCUGGUAUUUCCACCUUGAAGGGAUCCAGUGGUAGCAAUAUGAGGAGAAGGUGGUGGUGUCGGCUAUGAGCCUGGUACUGACUAAAGGCUUAGGGAGAUCAGACAUGCAUGACUUGGCAUUUCCUUUUUUGGGGGGCGGGAGAGGGAUGGUGGGAUUGAGGU